CGGGCGGGCGCUCGCUGGCUACCUCGUCUCUCGCUCGCGCGCGCUCCCUCUCGCCGCCUGUGGGGAAGUCGGGGCCGCCCGAGCGGCUGCCGCCACCGCCUCGCCCCGACCUCCUCCCCGGUCCCUUCCCGGCUCAGUCUCUCCCGCCCGCGCACCCCCGAGUAGUGAGUGGUCCCGCGUAAGGUCCGGAGAGUCACCGCGGCGGCCCGGGUGGUGUUUAAACCAUGUUUAGGAGGAUUUUGCAGAGGACUCCUGGGAGAGUUGGCUCUCAAGGUUCUGAUUUAGACUCAUCAGCUGCUCCUAUAAACACAGUGGAUGUCAAUAAUGAAAGCUCUUCAGAGGGUUUCAUCUGUCCAUUAUGUAUGAAAAGAUGUAUAACUGCUAGUGAUUUGUCGGAGCAUUACCAGCAAGUGCACGCUGAAAAUGAAACAAGAGGACAGGAACUUCUUAAUGACUCCAGUGUUACUGGUUUCAUAUGUCCCCAGUGUAUGAAAUCCCUUGGGUCUGCUGAUGAACUUUUCAAACACUAUGAGGUAGUUCAUGAUGCUGGUAAUGAUUCAAGUCAUGGAGGAGAGGCUCUUGCUCUGAAGCGAGAUGAUUUAACACUACUUAGACAAGAGGUCCAAGACCUUCAGGCUUCACUUAAGGAAGAAAAAUGGUACUCAGAAGAAUUAAAGAAAGAAUUAGAAAAAUUUCAAGGGCUGCAACAGCAAGAGUCUAAACCUGAUGGAUUGGUGGCUGAUUCAUCAGCAGAACUACAGUCUUUGGAACAACAAUUAGAAGAAGCCCAAACAGAAAAUUUUAAUAUUAAGCAAAUGAAAGACUUAUUUGAACAGAAAGCAGCCCAACUUGCCACUGAAAUUGCAGAUAUAAAGUCAAAAUACGAUGAAGAAAGGAGUCUUCGAGAAGCUGCUGAACAAAAAGUGACAUAUCUGACAGAGGAAUUAAACAAAGAAACAACUAUAAUUCAAGAUCUGAAGACUGAACUGCUUCAGAGACCUGGUAUAGAAGAUGUUGCUGUGCUAAAGAAAGAACUGGUCCAAGUUCAAACACUAAUGGACAACAUGACGUUGGAGCGUGAAAAAGAAUCUGAAAAACUCAAAGAUGAGUGUAAAAAGUUACAAGCAGAAUAUGCUAACUCAGAGGCCACAAUAAGCCAGCUAAGGAGUGAACUUGCCAAAGGCCCCCAGGAAGUUGCUGUAUAUGUGCAGGAACUACAAAAACUUAAAAGUUCACUUAAUGAAUUAACACAAAAAAAUCAGAACUUGACUGAAAAGCUUCGUAAGAAAGAACUGGAGUGUACUCAGUUAGAGGAGAAACAUAACGAAGAAUGUGUGAGUAAAAAGAAUAUACAAGCAAGCCUUCAUCAAAAAGACCUAGAUUGUCAGCAGCUUCAGUCAAGAUUAUCUGCAUCUGAAACCUCCCUGCAGAGAAUACAGGCAGAACUAGGUGAAAAGGGGGAAGCUACGCAGAAGCUCAAGGAAGAAUUAUCAGAAGUAGAGGCCAAGUACCAGCAUCUUAAGGCUGAAUUUAAACAGCUACAACAACAGAGAGAAGAGAAAGAGCAGCACGGGUUACAACUCCAAAGUGAAAUUAAUCAAUUACAUAGCAAACUUCUGGAGACAGAGCGCCAACUAGGUGAAGCUCAUGGUAGGCUGAAGGAACAGAGACAGCUUUCAAGUGAAAAGUUGAUGGAUAAAGAACAACAAGUGGCUGAUCUACAACUCAAACUUUCUCGUUUAGAAGAACAGUUGAAGGAAAAAGUAACAAAUUCCACAGAAUUGCAGCAUCAAUUAGAUAAAACAAAGCAACAACAUCAAGAACAACAAGCUCUUCAGCAAAGCACUACAGCAAAACUUCGAGAAGCUCAGAAUGAUUUAGAACAAGUACUACGUCAAAUUGGCGAUAAGGACCAGAAGAUCCAGAACCUUGAAGCCUUAUUACAGAAGAGUAAAGAAAAUAUUUCCUUACUAGAAAAAGAAAGAGAAGAUCUUUAUGCAAAAAUUCAGGCUGGUGAAGGAGAGACUGCUGUUCUCAACCAGUUACAAGAAAAAAACCAUACCUUACAGGAACAAGUAACUCAACUAACAGAGAAGCUGAAGAAUCAGUCAGAAAGCCAUAAACAAGCCCAGGAGAAUUUGCAUGACCAAGUGCAAGAGCAGAAGGCACAUCUUAGAGCUGCACAAGACCGUGUCCUUUCCUUAGAAACUAGUGUCAAUGAAUUAAGUAGUCAAUUAAAUGAGAGCAAGGAGAAGGUCUCCCAGCUUGACAUACAGAUUAAAGCCAAAACUGAAUUAUUGCUAUCAGCAGAAGCAGCAAAAACUGCUCAAAGAGCAGAUCUUCAGAAUCAUUUGGACACAGCCCAAAAUGCAUUACAAGAUAAACAGCAGGAGUUAAAUAAGAUCACUACUCAGUUGGAUCAAGUCACUGCAAAGUUACAGGAUAAGCAAGAACAUUGCAGUCAGUUGGAAAGUCAUCUUAAAGAAUAUAAAGAGAAACACCUUUCUUUAGAACAAAAAACUGAAGAAUUAGAAGGUCAAAUUAAGAAACUAGAAGCUGAUACUCUUGAAGUUAAAGGAAACAAGGAGCAAGCUUUACAGGAUCUACAACUGCAAAGACAGCUGAAUACAGAUUUAGAGCUUAGAGCCACAGAAUUGAGUAAACAACUUGAAAUGGAGAAAGAAAUAGUAUCCAGUACAAAGUUGGAACUACAGAAAAAAUCUGAAGCUCUUGAAAAUAUUAAGCAAAUGCUUACCAAGCAAGAGGAAGAAAAAAAAAUCCUUGAACAAGAAAUUGAAAAUUUAAGUCAAGAUGCAAAGAUGCAGCACAAGGAAUUGAAUAACAAAAUUCAAACAGCAGCAGCAGAACUGCAACAAUCGAAGAUGGAGAAAGAAACUCUAAUGACAGAGCUUUCUGCGGCCAAAGAGAAUUUAUCAAAAGUUUCUGAUUCUUUGAAGAACUCCAAAAGUGAAUUUGAAAAGGAAAACCAGAAAGGAAAAGCUGCUAUAUUAGAUUUGGAAAAAACUUGCAAAGAAUUAAAGCAUCAGCUUCAAGUACAGACAGAAAAUGCACUUAAGGAACAGAAUGAACUGAAAAAGUCACUUGAAAAGGAGAAGCAAACUUCUCAUCAGUUGAAUUUGGAACUCAGUUCAAUGCAGGGACAAGUGACACAGGCCCAGAAUACUUUAAAACAAAAGGAAAAAGAAGAACAGCAACUUCAGGGGAACAUAAAUGAGCUAAAGCAAUUGACUGAACAGAAGAAAAAGCAAAUUGAAGCACUCCAAGGAGAAAUUAAAAUUGCUGUUUCACAGAAGACAGAGCUUGAGAAUAAAUUACAGCAGCAGUCAAUACAAGCAGCCCAGGAACUUGCAGCAGAGAAAGAGAAAAUGUCAGUGUUACAAAAUACCUAUGAAAAAAGUCAGGAAAAUCUAAAACAGCUUCAAUCUGAUUUCUAUGGGAAGGAAUCUGAACUUCUUGCCACAAGGCAAGAUCUUAAGUCUGUAGAAGAGAAGCUUUCUCUAGCACAGGAGGACUUGAUUUCAAACAGAAAUCAAAUUGGAAACCAAAAUAAAUUAAUUCAAGAACUGAAGAGUUCCACGGCUACGUUGGAGCAGGAUUUAGCAAAGAAAGAGCAACAGUUGAAGGAGCAGUGUAAAACGCUUCAAGACAUUAAAAAAGAAAAGUCACUGAAAGAAAAAGAACUAGUAAAUGAAAAGUCUAAAUUGGCAGAGAUAGAGGAAAUUAAGUGUAGACAGGAAAAAGAAAUUGCUAAAUUGAGUGAAGAACUCAAGUCCCACAAGCAAGAAAGCAUAAAGGAGGUAACAAAUCUCAAGGAUGCCAAACAGCUUUUGAUUCAGCAGAAACUCGAGCUUCAAGGGAAAGUAGAUUCCCUGAAGGCAACCCUUGACCAGGAGAAGAGAAACCAGCAAAUGCUAAAAGAGCAGGUGAAAAAGGAAGAAGAUGAACUAAAGAAAGAGUUUACUGAGAAGGAGGCUAAACUGCAUUCCGAAAUAAAAGAAAAAGAAAUAGGAAUGAAGAAGCAUGAAGAAAAUGAAGCUAAACUUACCAUGCAGAUUACAGCAUUAAAUGAAAACUUGGGCACCGUAAAGAAGGAGUGGCAGUCUAGUCAACGUAGAGUCAGCGAGCUCGAGAAACAGACGGAUGACUUACGGGGUGAAAUUGCAGUAUUAGAAGCCACAGUUCAGAAUAAUCAGGAUGAAAGGAGAGCACUACUAGAAAGAUGUCUUAAAGGAGAAGGUGAAAUAGAAAAGCUUCAAACCAAAGUACUAGAAUUGCAAAGAAAGCUGGAUAAUACGACCGCAGCGGUGCAGGAGCUGGGCAGAGAAAAUCAAUCCCUUCAAAUCAAACACACGCAAGCGUUAAAUAGGAAGUGGGCGGAAGACAAUGAAGUACAAAACUGCAUGGCCUGUGGGAAAGGCUUUUCAGUAACAGUGAGACGGCAUCACUGCAGACAAUGUGGAAAUAUCUUCUGUGCUGAGUGUUCGGCCAAAAAUGCCUUAACUCCAUCUUCUAAGAAGCCUGUUCGUGUCUGUGAUGCAUGUUUCAAUGACUUGCAAGGAUAAUGGGUUAUCGCAACUUCAGAAUAGUAUUACACUAACAUUAGAUUUUUAAUAAAUGCACUUAAUACAGGUCUUGGACUACUAUUUGAUUUGGACAGUGGUUGCAAUAUUAGACCAAAUUAGAAUUCAUAUAUUUUGGAAUGUUAUCAAUAUCAAGUAAAACUCUUCUAUUUUUGUGAGACUUGGGCUCAUCUUUCAUUACUUUUUUCCAUUUAACCCCUGGAACAGCUUUCAUGCCAAGUUUAGAAUUAGCCAAUGAAAUGUAAAUAAACUUUGGACAGAAAAUAGCAAUGUAUUUUUUUAAAUAUAAUUUCAUUGUUCACAAAUGACAUGAAUAUACGCUUCCAUAGCUUACUUUUUUUCUCCCAAAUUUAGUAUACAAAAAUGUACAUGGGUGAUGUUAUCACAUCAUAUAUGUUGCACAAUAGCACAUUAUAUUAUUAUUACAUUAGAUACUCUCUUGGUGAAGUCAUGCACAGAACUAUAAAACUUUCUUUUUUUCUUAUAUAUAGGUCCAUAGCUCAGUUGCAUUGUUAUGUUAUAAAUUUACUACUCAUGUGUUCUAAGUACAGUUUAUGUUGAAAUAUGUACUAACCAUGAAUUUGAACAUGGUUUUUGUUUUAACAAUAUUGAUUAAAUUCUCUUGGGUAGAUUUUAUGAAAACCUCUGUAAAAUCAGUUUGCUUACUUUAUGGUUAUCCUGGGGUUGUAUUUUAAAGAUUAGGGUUAAUUUUUCUUUGUCUUUUUCUAUCUCAUGUUUAAACUCUCACAUGCUGUUAAGAAUUCUAUAAAACUACCCACCCUCACCCCCCAGCUGGAGGAUGAAUCGUAAAAAUUGUAUAAUGGUUCUAUUGUCAGUUUCUUGUAAGUAGGAAGGUUUUGGAGAUUAGCCUUUAUGUUAUACCCUCGGAUUGUCUCUCCAGCAUUUUGGGAAUCUGAGUUUGCUUUUUUAAUGGAUCUAUUUUUCCCUUUAUUUGGUUUAACCUUUCGAACCGUAGCUCAGCUUCACUGUAAUAGUUUUAUAAUUUUGCAUCUUAAAGCCAGUAACUGAUAUUGCUCUAGUCUUAUCUGUGAAAACAAAUACACGUGGGAAGGAGACAUUAAAUAUUCGACUUUACAUCUUCUUACCUAAUAGGGAAACAUUUUUGAAAGUUGUGAAGUUGACUUAAAUUUAAAAUGGUUAUGAAUUUGGGGUUCCAUAUUAACUGGUAAAUCUUUUCACUUUGGAAAAAUACUGCUAUGAAAUUGCUUUAAAGUAACAAUUGGAGAAUAGAAUAUCACCAAAAACAAAUAUAUUUCGGAAUCCCAAAGUUAUAAUCAGAACUGAAACAGAAUGGCUAAUUAAGGGUAAUUAAAAGUUAGCUUAUUUGUAUGCUGAACAAUGGAAUUGAACUUUAAUUUAUCAUAGUCUUCUUAAUUUGGGAAACAUCUGUAGAGAGGUCAUUAAUAUUGGUUUAUUCUUUCUAGAGAAAAAAUAUAAAGUUAUAUAUUUGUGCAGUA